GGAAACUCGGGUUUUUUUGUAGCAUCAUAAGCUUAGCUAGCUAAAAGCAAAGCUACGAUUGGAACUGAGAGAGAGGCAAGAACACUAGCACCAGCAAACAUGACCACUGACUUCAAAUCCAUCCCAAUCAUCGACGUUGGUCCUCUUGUGGCCAAGGGGGAUGAUCUGAAAAUGGGUCAAGACCCAGACGUACGUGAGGUUGUCAAGCAACUGGAUCAGGCUUGCAGGGAGACAGGAUUCUUCUACGUGAAAGGUCAUGGUGUUCCGGAGUCCCUUAUCAAUGAGGUCAAAGAUGUGACUCACAAAUUCUUUGAUCUUCCCUAUGAUGAAAAACUCAAAAUCAAAAUGACUCCGGCUAGUGGAUACAGGGGCUACCAAAAAAUCAAAGAAAAUAUAACCAAAGGCGUGCCUGACUUGCAGGAAGCUAUCGAUUAUUAUAGAGAAGUAAAAAGAGGGAUGUAUGGAUCACUUGGUGAGAUUUUGGAAGGAUGUAACCAAUGGCCACAAGAUCCUACAAACUUCAAAGCUUCCAUGGAGGAAUACGUGAGGCUUUGCACAGAUCUUUCAGGAAAAAUUAUGAGGGGAAUCGCCCUGGCAUUGGGUGGAUCGGCUGAUGAAUUUGAAGGUGAAAAAGGUGGAGAUCCAUUUUGGGUCAUGCGUCUUAUUGGAUACCCUGGAAAAUCACCAACAAAUACCCAAAAUAAUGACAUUGGAUGUGGGAUUCACACUGACUACGGUUUGUUGACCUUGAUUAAUCAAGAUGAUGAUAUAACCGCACUUGAGGUUAAAAACCUAUCUGGGGAAUGGAUACCAGCUACUCCCAUUCCUGGAACAUUUGUAUGCAACAUCGGUGACAUGUUGAAGAUAUGGUCCAAUGGCUUGUACGAGGCAACUUUGCAUCGAGUCAUCAAUAAUUCACCAAAAUAUCGAGUUUGCGUGGCUUAUUUCUACGAGCCAAAUUUCGACACACUGGUGGAACCCUUGGAAAUGUGCGUGGAGAAGAGUGGGGGAACGCGGCUCAAGGAAAGAGCUGUUUAUGGGAAGCAUUUGGUGAAUAAAGUGAAAUCAAACUUUGUCAUGUAGAUCAUCAAGCUCAUCUUCUGUAGACAAUCUUGAUGAGAAUAAAUGUUUCAACUGCUUUCCUAUAUGAAUGUAAAAGGGGUUGAUAUCCUCUUAUAAUCAAUAAAUUUAUACGUACUUUACUUUCUCAA